UUCCGCUUUAAUUCUGAAUCUCACACAAACACGAUAGAAAUAUUUAGUAGUGCUUUUGUUUUCCAUGCUUAGCGAUGGGGAGGCACAUUCCUAAGUCUAGUAUAUAUACCCAGUGAGGACUUAGAUUUCCAUUGAAUUCAAUUACAGCAAAAGUUUCAGAAUGAACAUCUACAUCUCAUUCUUAUAUUUUGCAGUUUUGUUUGCAGUUGUUUACUCAGAAUCUCCUCCAUACGAGGAGGAUCUGGAAAAUGUGAUCAAAGUGAAAAUUCUGGGGUAUUUGAAGAAUAGAAAGUGUUACCAGCGUUGGUACUUGGUACUAAGACAUGAGGUUUUAACGAAAAUGAAGCCAAAAAUAUGUAAUGCGAUUGGACAACUUUUUGCCCGCAUUGUACCCAAAGUUCCAUUCGGUUCCGAAUACUGUUGGACAGACAUAUUUGAUGACCUACAUCCAGACGGUGCUGUUCGUGUUUCUGCUGAGUAUCAUAUACCCGUUGGUAGAUUGCGACUACUCAAUAAAAAAUUGUCGGUGGUUGAUGUUUUGGGAAUGUUCACCAAGUAUCUACUGGAUAGUGAAAUAUCCGAUGGGCUUUCACAGAAGAUAGAAGUUUCGGAUGUACUGAUAGCAUUUCCUGAUAACGGUUAGUUUUAUAAUUUUGUGAUGAAUGGUCACAUUUUAUAUGACACUUGUAUUAUGUGAUUGAAUGCUAAUGUGACAGGUGUGACUGGCUGCCAUCGAUCAACCAGACAGUUAUAAAUGUAAGACGGAGGCUCUCCAGGAAGUAGUCGAAGAAUUGCUUUCCAGUAAGGAUUUUGCUAACACUUGCGUAAAAUUCCUUCUUAUAUAAAUAAUAAAGUAGCCUAGUGUGUACACAGGCCAUGAGGGCUGUGAGAGGUGGAGUAUGCUUGAUCAUUGUGAAGACAUCAAAUCGAAUGUGUGGGAAACGUCUUACUCUCAGCUACAGUUGUUCGUCUAUAGUCAUACUAGACAUAUGUGGACUUUCAGAAUGGAAGUGAAUACUACACUGAGAAUACUGUUGUCUCGCCUUAGAAAUAAACAAGUCAACUCUUCAUCUCUCGGAAUUACUCUUCAAACUGACAGUGAUCCUUGUUUUGUUGGACACUGUGACAGAUGCAACUGAUCUGCUAUCGAAAACAGACAAUAAUGUGUGAAGAUAGGGCCACAGAUAGAGUUCACAGCUGAACUUCUCCAUGAUAGCUAGUGUUGUAAAAGAUUUCAAUACACAGCCAGCAGUGCGAAUCUAGAGUCACUUUGUUUGAAGGAGAGUUUUACUCAUGUUUUUAUUCAAUUUAAUUCAUAUGACUUUAUUCUGAGUCAAAACGGAUACUACUGCAGCAUUUAUAAUUUGGAAGAAAUAAGGUGGAUUUGCAGGUGUUUUAGGUUCGACAAAAUGUGCACUUUUCGCUCAUUCCAUUCAUCAGAAGAUCACACGUGAGAGGAAGAGAGAGGUUUAUAAGAACCAAAAUUUCAGCAGUAAUCAUUAGGCUGGAGGAUUCAACUCUAGAUGAAAAGGAUUACGAUAUUUUGAAACUCGUCAUUUAUGCAGCUUCUACAGGUUAUCCAUGAGGAAAUUCUCAGAAUGACGAUUCGUCAGUAACGUAAAUCGCCUAAAAUUGAUACUUAACAUUGUCUUAUUUCAUUUCACUUGACUCUAAAAAGGCGAUUGUAUACAUUAUGAAAUGGCGGAAAGAAUCAUUAAGUUGGUUACUUCUCGUAUGUUUGACAUCGACUCCAGAUAUACUUCUCACUUUCGAAUUCCGUAUCAAAUGUUCAACUGUCCUCUUAUUUUCGCUUACAGAAUUGGCUUCUUAUAAACGGAGUGUGAUGGGUGAGUGAAUGAAUCUGUGAGUUAUAUUUUGACGAGAAUUAGUGACUGUAGUGAGCAACCACAUAUUCCACUGGCUGCUCAAUCUAAUCUUCAAGGGAUCACGAGCACUGCUAUGCAUUCAAUUCAUAUUUAGCUUUUCUGUUAUUUACUGAAAGAUCGAAUUUCACAAAACACUUGUAAUCUACAAGAAACUGUUUUGUAUGCUCCAGUCCAAUUCCACUCGUCGUUUGACGUCGAAAAUAAGAGAAUAAGAAUCAUUUCGACGAAUAAAAGCUGUGUGGUCGACGAACAUUGUCACUGUGUCAUUUCAAAGAAAUAUAUGUGUUUGACAGUAGAAAUACCUAAACAAGGAAUAGUCGGUCCACGCAGAUGUCAUCUGAGUCUUACAUGAUAAAUGCGUUGAAUCUUCACGAAAACAUUUCGAGAAGUUACUCCUGAAUGCGAAACCAACAUCGUGAUAUGUAUGGAUAUUUAUUCUAUCAAUGUGAUUGUUGUGUGCGUGGCCGAGUGUUACUGCAUCAAGCUGAUUUUUAUCACAUAGUGUGAAACAGGAAAUGCUCUGUGUCGAUGUGUAAUUUGUGUCAGUGAGAAGCGUAGUCUUUUCUUGGAAUGCAGCGGAGUAGAUUAAUUAGAAGGCUGGUUUCAAACAUUGUGUGACCAAUGCAUGCACACUGAUUGUAUUGAAAGCGUAAACGUUACCAGCGCUUGUGAACAGAAUGUUAGCGUGAGGAUCUUCACCAUCACAAAUCAAACUUGUCAUGCUUUCGUUUCAGCGUGCUUGUUUUGGCAGGAGGUUGGUGGUCUACCACAACUUGGAUUUCUUCACGUAGUUGUUUUUGUAUUAGGGGUCUGAAGGAGAGUUGUGAUGAUAUCAAAUGUUACGUUUGACCAUUCAAUGGACGCAGAAAUCAGUCUCUCAUAGUUCUACUGCUGGCUGUUAAAUGAUACUGCACGAAAAGAUAAUGAAAAAGGAGAGAAAACGGUGUACAAGUAUUCAGCUCCAUUAAUCUCAAAAAUUUCUCAUAAUUCCCAAUCACAUCCAGCUAACUAUUCUCAUAUCUCUGAUAUUCACAUCUGUUUGUUUUAAUAUCAUGUAGAUAUGUAGAUAUAUUCAGCGGAACACCGAUUCACUCCACUACUUUCGGAAGCCGUGUUCCAAGUCACAUCGUAUAACUAAUUCCCAUUAACUCCACAUGAAUACAAUACACACUGAGAUUGUUGUUUCUGUUCACUAUACAGAAUAAAUGAACAUCUUACAUUUCCAAGUGAUAUCAAUCACUGAAUAAAUGAAUGUAUGUACAUAUCAAUUCUUUUUUGCAGACGUCAAGACCAAUUUGUGCAAACCUGUACCAAUUGACCACAACUACGAUCACAGAAAGCUUAUAUUGCUGGAUGGGAAGUAAUGGACUGGUGGAACACGGAAUGUGGGCGAUGAAACUUUCCUUUCUUUUCAAUGUUUAGAUAAUGUUGUUACUCAAUUUCAUUAAAUAAACUUAAAUCAAUAGUAAUAAUAGUCAAUUUGCUUUCAAUUUUAGCCACAUUUGUAUUAUUGAGAGUGCUAGCUUUCCAUUUGGCCGUCUUCUUUCUUAACGUCUGACGUGUUCAAAGUUAUAAGGAAUAUUGUCGUCUAAAGAUAACAACUCAACAUCAACUCAUUUAGUAUUGAAAUUCCUAUGUGUAUGUCAUCAAGGAAAUAGUGUCUGUGAGUGGAUAAACCGAAAUAUGAAAGAGUUAUAUGCAUCAGAGCAAAGGUAAAUCCCAAUAACAUUGAAAGUCAGUGCAUGACGGAUAGUUAUUUUUAAUUGAAAUGUUGUAAUAUCCACUCAUCAACUUCCGAAAAUAAUUUUCCUUCUCCAUAUUUGCAGUGUAUAUGAGAGAAUAGAAAUUCACUAUGAGGUGUUGUGAUCUAGUUAUUUAAAAUGCACUUGUUAUGUAUGAGUUUAUUG